GCCGGUAACACAACUAACCCACGCCGAUCGACUUCUUCCACAAAAUGUCGCUUCACCUGCUUCGAAAUGUAACCGCUCGAUCACUUGGUGCCCUCCGACUUGCGUCCACUGGAUCAGCCUACCAACCUCUUCCAAUCGACCCAACAUGGAGCGAAAUGGCGAAGAAAGCCAUGAAGGGCAAAGAUCCUAAUUCACUGAUCUGGCACACUCCUGAGGGUAUCCCCAUCAAGCCGUUGUACCUGAAGGAGGAUCGAAAAUGCGAUCAGGGCAAGCCAGAUGAGCUCCCCGGAAAAUACCCAUUCACCCGUGGACCGUAUCCGACUAUGUACACACAGCGACCGUGGACGAUUCGACAGUAUGCCGGUUUCUCGACUGUAGAGGAAUCUAACGCAUUUUACAAGGAAAACAUCAAAGCCGGUCAACAGGGACUUUCUGUUGCCUUCGAUCUGGCAACACAUAGAGGCUAUGACUCCGACAAUCCGCGUGUGUACGGUGAUGUCGGUAUGGCUGGUGUAGCUGUAGAUUCCGUAGAAGACAUGAAACAGCUUUUCGAUGGCAUUGACCUGUCAAAAAUGAGCGUUUCGAUGACUAUGAAUGGAGCUGUUAUCCCCGUUAUGGCCAUGUACAUCGUCGCUGCUGAAGAAGCUGGUGUUGAUCGCAAAAAUCUGGCUGGAACCAUCCAAAACGACAUUCUGAAAGAGUUCAUGGUCCGAAACACCUAUAUCUAUCCACCAGAGCCUUCGAUGCGUAUUAUUGGUGAUAUUUUCGCCUAUGCCAGCAAAGAAAUGCCAAAAUGGAACAGCAUCUCGAUUUCCGGAUACCACAUGCAGGAAGCUGGAGCCGAUGCAGUUUUGGAAAUGGCUUUCACCAUUGCUGACGGUAUUCAGUAUUGUCAGACCGGUAUCGAUGCAGGAUUGACCAUUGACCAAUUCGCACCUCGACUCAGCUUCUUCUGGGGUAUCAGCAUGAACUUCUACAUGGAGAUCGCAAAGAUGAGGGCUGCUCGACGUCUAUGGGCUGAACUUCUGAAGGAACGCUUUAAUCCAAAGAACCCCAAGUCACUUAUGCUCCGUACUCACUCACAGACCAGCGGAUGGUCCCUAACCGAACAGGAUCCUUACAACAACAUCAUUCGAACUACAAUCGAAGCUAUGGCAUCAGUGUUUGGUGGAACUCAAUCGCUUCAUACCAACUCGUUCGAUGAAGCUCUUGGUCUACCAACGAAAUUCUCUGCCCGUAUUGCUAGAAAUACCCAGAUUAUCAUUCAGGAAGAAAGCGGUAUCUGCAAAGUUGCUGAUCCAUGGGGUGGUUCGUACAUGAUGGAAUCGUUGACGGACGAAAUCUACGAGAAAGCGAGAAAGGUCAUCGAAGAAAUCGACGAGCUUGGCGGCAUGGCAAAGGCUGUCGCAUCUGGCAUGACAAAGCUUCGCAUCGAAGAGGCUGCAGCGAAGAAGCAGGCCCGUAUCGAUGCCGGCAAGGACGUCAUCGUCGGUGUGAACAAAUAUCGACCCGACAAGGAGUCCAAAGUUGAUGUGCUUGUCGUCGACAACAAGAAAGUGCGUGAGUCGCAGAUCGCCAAGCUCGAGCACAUCCGCAAGACCAGGGACCCGAAACGCGCCAAGGCUGCACUUGAGGCUAUUACCAAGGGAGCUGCCGGAGAUGGAAAUCUACUCGAGCUGGCCGUUGAAGCUUCUCGCGCUCGUUGCACAGUUGGAGAAAUCAGUGAUGCUAUGGAGAAGGUGUUCACACGAUACGCUGCUGUUAACAGAAUGGUAUCCGGAGCGUACAAAUCUGAGUUUGGAGAGACCAGUGAGAUGGCUCAGGUUAUGGACCGUGUAAAGGCAUUCGCAGCCAAGGAAGGACGUCAGCCUCGUAUCAUGGUAGCAAAGAUGGGUCAGGAUGGACACGAUCGCGGAGCGAAAGUUGUUGCCACAGGAUUCGCUGACCUUGGCUUUGACGUCGAUGUUGGACCACUAUUCCAAACCCCGGCGGAAGCCGCGCAACAAGCCGUCGAUGCUGAUGUGCAUGUGAUCGGCGCUAGCAGCUUAGCCGCUGGACACUUGACUCUUGUGCCAGAACUCGUCAAGGAACUCAAGAAGCUCGGAAGACCUGAUAUUGUUGUUGUCGUUGGAGGUGUGAUUCCACCACAAGAUUAUGAUGCAUUGUACAAGGCUGGAGCAUCUUUGAUCUUCGGUCCUGGAACAAGGCUACCAAGCUGUGCUAUGCAGGUGUUGGACAAAUUGGAAGGCCAUCAGGAAAAAGCAAGUGCCAAAUCGUAAUCCCCUUAAUCACUCAGUAGCUGAGUAGUUUGUAAUAUAUUUUUACUGAACAAUAGAUUAAAACCAGUAUAAUAUAGCCCGGUGCCAGUGGGUUUUGUGAUAGUAGUCAUUUCUCAGUUUUAUUCGUCUAAUUUGUAGUGUAAGUAUAUUCGGGGAGAUUAUGAUUGUUCUUUGUGGUCGGUAAUGUCGAUUCAUGUGUUCGCUGCAUUUUGCCAUUAGGAGUUGUUCAGAGUCGUUGACGAUACGAGUGUUACCUGUUUCAUCGCUGUAUAAAUAAACAUACCAUUGGCUUACUCUGUCAACAA